GUAGAGUUGCGACCGUUGAAGCGGCAGCUUUGUUAAACCCGUUUCAAGUUUUUCAGUGUCUAAUCGCGCAGUCCCUUAGUGUCAUUCGUUCCGCUUGAUCCUACGGACAAAGUAAAAAAUACAAAUAGAAAACAACAAACAAACAUGGCUAACAACAGAGCAACCAAGUCCGGAUUCGCCGCCGAAGCACAGCGCAAGAUAAACAGCAAAUACAGCGAGGAAUUGGCCCAGGAGAGUUUAGAAUGGAUAAAAACAAUAACCGGCGAGGACAUAAACACGAGUGGAGACAUGGACAAUUUUUACGAGACCCUUAAGGACGGAACUCUGCUCUGCAGAUUGGUGAACAGCAUCAAGGAGGGAUCAGUAAAGAAGAUAAACAACACCGGGUUGGCGUUCAAGUGCAUGGAGAACAUAAACGCGUUUUUAGAAAAUGCAAGAGCUCUAGGAGUACCAGCCCAGGAAACAUUCCAAACCGUCGAUCUAUGGGAAAGACAAAAUCUAAACUCUGUCGUAAUCUGUCUACAAUCGCUGGGCCGCAAGGCUGGAAAUUACGGCAAACCGAGCAUCGGGCCGAAAGAGGCUGACAAGAACGUGCGAAACUUUAGCGACGAACAGCUCAAGGCUGGAGCAGGUGUGAUAAGUCUUCAGUACGGUAGCAACAAGGGAGCAACCCAGAGUGGCAUCAACUUUGGAAACACAAGACACAUGUAAAUCACCCUCCCACCCUCCUCCUCAGCCACAUUUUCCAUAAUUCAGACUUCCAACCCCGCCUUAGACAACUCACACACACACACACACACACACACACGUAAAUUAAUUAAUUUUACAUUCAAAGGACACGAAAUGCUUCGUAC